AUGAAGCCUCUCCCCAAGAAGGGUGACCUCUUCCUACUUGCCAGUGGGGAGGAAGAGCAUUUGGCCAGUCAGAGCAUGGCCCCUGCGGGGAAGAACAGGGUGGGUGUCAUUCCAGCCUCCCAGCAGGCUCCACCUAAGCUCCAGAGAAGCCAGCGAAGGGACAAAGGAGUGGCUCCAGGGAAGACAUCUGGCUCGACUCGACAGCUCGGGAACCUCCAGUCCUCGGACCUGCCCUCUGCCUGCCCCCGGCAAGCUGCCACAGCGCUGGCGGGCAUUCCUACUGCCCUCACCGUCCUGCCCAAGUGGCCAGCCCUCAAGAAGAGCCAGCGGCUGCUCCUGGAGUCCCUUAUGCGGCGGAAGAUGGCACACCUGAGGUGGGGCCUCCCCCAGCGGAUCCUAGAGUCCUAUUUGCACUUUAACUUUUUAGGGCCAAGCCCACUGCCCCUUGCUGGGACAUGGCUCCCUGGGUUACACCCCACCUGUGAGCUGCAGCGGCAGCAGUAUAGGCUUUGGGAGGCCCAGGGCUGCAGGCCAGGCUUUGAAUCCGCAGAGAGGUCCCAGAGGGUUCGGCUCCCAGGAAGGAAAAGCUCUAAACUUCCUAUACAGGCCAGAGGUCUGGAGAGGCGGAGACCACACGGGUCAGGGCCAAGGCACUUCCAUCCCCCCUAA